AUGCCGAGUUCGGGUUUAAUGGGACACGUUUCCGUUUUCACACCGAGGUUAUCACUAGCCAUCACGUCGCAGGCCUGGCUCCGGGAGCGUCACUGUCGCCCGGGGUGCUCGGGCACGGGGCUAGGGGACAAAGUGCAGGCCGGACCCCGUGGCGACAUGAACAGCCCCAGCAGCGCCUGGUGCAGGGGGCGUGUGGGCCUGGAGAAGGAGAAAGGCUGGCAGUGCAGGACAGACGCUGAAAAGUCAUCACAGACACGUGGGAAGGCAAGCACAGCGCGGCACUCAGUGGUCAAAACUGCACCGCCCGCCUGUCAGUGA